CCGCAUAUGGAAACAAUGAACAGAGAACUUCAAGAACGAAUGAAAGCCAUGCGUGAGGGCAAUUCGAAUGGAUUGAAACCGGCAUCCCGUCGUAAGUUGAAUGAUUCAUGGAAUGUCUCACAAAUCUCAUCCAGCGGUGAUCCGGCCGCAGAAAUUGCCCGACUAGCCAACAAAUUUGGCACUGCACAGGUCCGUUAG